UCUCUCUCCCCCUUCUCUCUAAACCCCCCAUCCCCUUCCUUCCUUCUCUCUCAUUCUCAAUUCCCAAUUCCCAAUGGCUUCCAAAUUCCUCCUCCUCCUCUUCACUAUCCUUCUCUUCAUUUCUUCCUCUUCCGCCCAUCUCUCCGUCGACACUUCCCUCAAGCUCAUGGCCGACGCCCUCGAAUGGCCCACCACCACUUCCCUCAUCGAAUCCGCCACCGCCACCGACAUCGACGACGACGAACUCGACCUUGAACAAGACCCCCGCAGAUCUCUCUUCUGGAGGCGAGUCCACUACUACAUUUCUUACGGCGCCCUCGCCGCCAACCGGAUCCCUUGCCCGCCCCGCUCCGGCCGCCCUUACUACACUCACAACUGCUACAAGGCUCGCGGCCCUGUCAAUCCUUACUCCCGCGGCUGCUCCGCCAUUACCCGUUGCCGCCGCUGAUCUCUCUACACUUUAAACGCCGUCGUAUUUCCACUUUCCCUAAUUUGUUGAUCUCAUCUGUAUUUUGUCGGUUUUUAGGGCUUGGAGUUGGAACAACAGAGACGACAUGUAGUUUGGGGUUUUUUUUUUUUAUUUAAUUCUUAUUUUUAUAAUACUUUUUUGAUUGUUCCGCAAUCUAGGGCUCGGAAAACGGCGUCGGUUUAUUGGCUGAGGUAUUAUUAUUUAUUACUGCUAUUUAAUUAUGAUGAUGAUGUGUCCCUUGCUAUCUGAACUGGAUUAUAUAAAUUCAAUAUUGUUGUUUAUUA